UGACACCAAAUAUCUUGUAGGAGAUGGCUGACAUGCAGGACCAGUUUUCAGCAUUGCUGGAGACAUUAGCUAGUCCAGACAAUGAAGCAAGAAACAGGGGAGAGGAGCAGUAUAAUGCCAUACCUAUCGAUCAAAGGCUCAAUCUGCUCCUGGGAUCUAUUGAAACCUCUCCUUCUGUCACCCUCCGAGCGUUUGCAGCUAUUCUACUGAGAAGAUUGCUAACUAACUCGUGGGAGGUGUUUGCUGUCAGUCCCGUCGAAACUCAAAACAUGUUCAAGUUGAAGCUUCUAGACUUACUGAAGCGUGAGACAGAUGAGAGUGCUCGUAAGAAGUUGAGUGACACAGUGUCUGAAGUAGCCAGGAAUCUACAGGAUGGAGAGGGAAACAUGAACUGGGACGAACUUCUUAAGUUUAUGUUCAACUGCUGCAACUCGGGCACUGCCCAACACAAGGAGUCUGCCCUAUCCAUCCUCAACUCUGUGCCUGAUAUUUUCGGUUCAGCUCAGCAGAAUUACAUGGGUCUGAUCAAGGAAAUGCUGUUUGCUUCGCUGAACGAUCCCGACAAUCCUAACGUGAGGUUUGCAGCUAUACGUGCCACCUGCGCUUUCCUCACCGGACUUGAAGAGGACGAGGCAAAGCGUAAUUUUACUGACUUCUUGAAGCCAAUGUUGAAAGGUGUAGAGGAUUGUGUUGUAGCUGAGGAUGAUGAUGGUCCUCUGAAGAGUUUUGUGGAGCUGGCUGAGAAGUUGCCCAAGUUCUUGAGACCAGGGUUGGAUCAGCUGAUGGAGUUUGCUCUGAGAGUCAUCGCUAACACAAACUUUGCUGACAAUUGGCGACAGCUUGUUCUGGAAUUGGUCAUAACCAUCUGUGAAGCUGCUCCUGCUAUGAUCCGGAAAAAGGACAAGUACAUUUCCCCACUGGUCGUACAAAUGUUACAAAUGAUGACAGAUUUAGAAGACGAAGAAAACUGGGCCAUGGAGGAUGAAGUUGAGGACGUUGACAGUGAUGAGAAUUGUGUAGCAGCAGAAGCAGCAUUAGACCGACUAGCCUGCGCCCUUGGUGGUAAGAUGGUGAUGCCCCACAUCAUCCAGGCGGUCCCUCCUAUGUUACAAUCUAAAGAGUGGAAACACAGAUACGCUGGUCUCAUGGCUAUAUCGGCCAGUGCUGAAGGUUGCAAAAAAGCAAUGGAAGCAAAUCUCCAGGGCAUCGUAAUGGCGUGUCUUCCUUACGUUGCAGACGAGCAUCCCAGAGUUAGAUUUGCGUGUUGUAAUGCCCUAGGACAGAUGGCAACUGAUUUCUCUCCUCUAUUCCAAAAGAAGAUGCAUGACAAGGUCCUGCCCGGGUUAAUACACUUGCUUGAUGACGAUGCUCACCCGAGGGUACAAAGUCACACUGCAGCCGCACUUGUUAACUUCUUUGAGGAGUGUCCACAGAAUGUGCUCCUACCUUAUCUUCCCAAUCUCUGUCAGAAAAUGCAAGCUACGUUAGAAAAGAAGACAAUGGAACUGGUACAAACGCAUCGCAAACUGGUACUUGAACAGAUAAUAACAACAAUAGCAACGAUAGCCGACACAGCAGAAAACCACUUUACGCCUUUCUACCAGAGUUUUAUGCCAAACUUGAAGUACAUCAUGGAAAAUGCCAACGACAAGGAACUGAGGUUAUUACGAGGUAAAACAAUCGAGUGUAUCUCACUUAUUGGGCUUGCUGUAGGAAAAGAGGUUUUUCUCUCAGAUGCAGAACAAAUCAUGAACAUGUUGCUGAAAGCACAAACCGACGAAGGCGAGCAGUUGGAGGCAGAUGACCCACAAGUAUCCUACAUGAUCAGUGCGUGGGCACGUAUGUGCAAGAUAAUCGGACCUCAGUUCACCGCCUACCUACCAAUGGUGAUGCCCCCUCUCCUGCGAGCUGCUCAGAUAAAACCGGAGGUUGCUUUAGUAGACUCGGACGACCAGGUGGACGAGGACGAAGGCUGGGAGUUUGUUCCUCUGUCAGACCAACAGAAGUUUGGAGUGAAGACUGCAGGACUGGAGGAUAAGAACACUGCUUGUCAGAUGUUGGUGUGUUACGCGCGGGAGCUCAAGGAGGGUUUUGCGGGGUAUACUGAACAAGUGGUGAAGAUCAUGGUGCCGCUGUUGAAGUUCUACUUCCAUGAUCUGAUAAGAUCGGCUGCUGCUGAAUCUCUUCCCUUUCUGUUGGAGUCUGUUAAACACAAGGGAGACGACUAUGUUAGAGACAUGUGGAAUUACAUCUGCCCAGAGUUAUUCAAGUCUCUCCAGACGGAGAUGGAGCCUGACAUUCUAGCUGUUGUAAUGGAGAGUGUAGCCACUUGUGUUGAGGUUUUGGGAGUUGGAUUUAUAGACGGUUUGCAGAUGGAGGAACUGGUGGAGGCGAUGAAGAAUCAUUUGAAGAAGAACUAUGAUAAGGAGGAAGAAAGAAAAAAUGCGAGGAAAGAUGAAGAUUAUGACGAGGAAGUGGAGGAAGGAAUCGAGGAAGAAUUGGACCAGGAUGACUAUCUUUUGGGCAAAAUAGCGGACAUCAUUCACAAUCUUUUCGGAGUGUACGGAGAAGACUUUGUGCAAGUGUUUGACAAGUUGACUGAAUAUUUCGUGGCCAUGUUGGCCCCAGAACGCCCAGGCCUUGAACACCAAUGGGCCAUCUGUGUGUUUGACGAUCUCAUAGACUUCGCUCCUAACUCGGCUCCCAAAUACCAGCAGCAUUUCCUCCAACCCAUGAUGCACUACCUGACUGACGUUAAUCCAGGAGUACGACAAGCUUCAGCAUACGGAGUCGGGGCGCUUGCCACCAAAUUCCCCGGCACAAACUCGCCUUAUCUUGAGUUUUGUAAGAACUGUAUCCCCAACUUGGUGAACGUUAUCAACGACCCCGACUCUCGGGAAGUGGAGAACAUGUCUGCAACAGAGAACUGUAUAUCCGCUAUCUCUAAAAUAUUCAAACACAUCAUCGGACAAGACAACUUAGACGAGACAACUGUUGUCACGUGGUUGUCAUGGUUACCAAUACAGGAGGAUGAUGAGGAAAGUGUGCACAUUUACGGUUUUCUUUUGGAUCUGGUAGAAAAUAACAAUGUAUUCGCACUCGGCAAAAGCAACUCAAAUCUUCCCGAGAUUAUCAAAAUUUUGACAGAGGGAAUCAUCAAUAAGACCAUUAAGUCAGAAGAUCAUCCAGAGUUGAUGACGAGAAUACAGGAUUUCAUACUGCCACUCCAGAAAAACGAAGCUGUGUGGACGGCAAUAUUGGCAAAGUUACCGGAAACGCAUAAAGUUUUACUGUCUGGUCAAUAACAGAGUUAAACUUUGAGGGAAAAUUGUUAGUGUUUCAUUUUCGAUAUUUACAAAAUUUAAGUAGCAGAUUGUUGAGUGUUAAUUUUAUAAUUUAUGAUUGGGCGUGGCAAUAAGUCAGGGAUACAACAUCAUCAUCGUAAAGUUGGCAAGGAUGCUGGUGUUAAACAGAAAGUAAUUGAGAUAUUUUUAGCUUUUUAAAAAGAUCUUUUUUAUUGUAACUGAUUUUGUUUUUUUAGUUGAGAAAUUUUGAUUUCGUUUAUGGGGAAUCAAGCCGCUGGAUAGUGGCUCUCACGUAAUUGCUGGCAUUUCGUUCUCCAAUUAUUGAUGUUUGUGCCAGAGAGAUUGAAUUGAAUUCGCUCAAGUUAUAUAGAGGAAAAGUGAUAUUUCAUGUUCAGAGUAUAUUUGAGAAAAAUUCCGACUAUGUACAUAAAAUUUGAGAGAUUGAAUGAAAUCUGUCUGAAUUUCCUAAACUUCCAA